AUGAGAAACGUACACCAGCUCGCCCUGCUUGCGCUCAGCAGCUAUGCUGUUGCAGCACCAUUGGUCUCAGCACCGUGGAAAGUCGGGAAACGGCAGGUAGAGUCCCAGAUGAAUGACAUCGAUAUCCUGCGCUACGCUCUCACCCUCGAGCACCUGGAGGACAAAUUCUACCGCGAAGGCCUAGCCAACUUCACCCAGGGCGACUUCGCGCAAGCGGGAUUCGACAGCACCUUCUACCAGAACGUUCAGGCCAUCAGCGCCCACGAGACCGCCCAUGUCCAGUUCUUGACUGCGGCACUCAAGGCCGCUGGCUACGCACCGACAGUCGAAUGUACCUACGCGUUCGGUAUCAGCACUGUUGAGCAGUUCGUAGCGACAGCCAGUAUCCUCGAAGGCGUGGGACAAGCUGCAUACCUUGGAGCAGCACCGCAAGUAUCCAGCAAGACUAUCCUGGGCGCGGCCGGCAGCAUCCUCACCAUCGAGGCGAGACACGACGCCUACCUACGUGCGGCUCUGUCCCAGUCUCCGUUUCCGCAGGCCAACGACGAUGCCUUGACGCCCGAUGAGGUCCACACCAUGGCCCACGGCUUCAUUGUGUCUUGCCCAGCGGGUAACCCAUCAUUUGGUGUGAAGGCCUUCCCAGGCCUGGCUGUAACGACCACGGGCAAGAUCACCUCCGGCAUGACUAUUGCCCUGUCAACAGCCGGCUUUGCGUUGGCACCAGCUGACAGCAAGGCACAUCUCUAUGCCGCUUUCAUUACUGCUCUGGGCCCAGACUUCGCGCCUCUGACGCCAUCCGGUGAUGGUGAGAACUUCCAGGUUACUGUGCCUAUUGGUGUCAAUGGACAGUCUUACUUGCUUCUUACUAACUGCAACGACACUGUGUCUGACUCGAGUGUGGUUGCUGGUCCUACGUUCUUGGAGAUCACAAACAACCCACUCAACACCACCUUGUCGGGAAAGAAGGCUUGA